AUGGUGGGGAAAAAGCCUACCAACGGCAAUAAUCUCGAGCCCACAAACAAUGAGGCAGAUACAUCCAUCACUCUAUCACCUAGGUCCUUAACAAGAUGCAUGCUGUCAGUCGAGGAAUCCAUUGAUAGUAUCCACCGAUUGUUGGAAAGAAUGACGUUGAAGAUGGAAGAGAUCGUCGACGAUGUUCAGGCCUUAAAGCAGCCACUGCAAUUUUAAGAAGACCUUCCAAGACCCAACAAUCCACCACAAGAAAGACAAAAUGUCAAUGCCUGACAAUAUAAUCAACCAAGAAACGUCUAAGAUUUACUUGCUAUCAAUCAAGAUUUCCAAGAAUGCAAAUUUAUCAAAGGAGACAGCAACAAGAUAGUGAUGUCUUGAGUGAAGAGGAGAGGGAGAAUGAAGAUCAGUUGGGACGAUGGCGAAUGGGGGCGCAGCAGCACAAUGAGACAAAUGAAUAUAGAGUAAAAUUGGACAUCCCCACUUUUAAUGGAAAAAGGGAUAUUGAAGAAUUCUUGGAAUGGAUCAAGAAUGUGGAAGGAUUCUUUAAAUAUGCCAACACUCCUGAACACAAGAAGGUACAACUUGUAGCAUUGAAGUUUCGAGGGGGAGCUUCGGCAUGGUGGAAGCAAUUAGAAGUUAAUCGGUUCCGAAAUGGAAAGAACCCCAUCAUAAGUUGGGAAAGAUUGAAACGCCUUAUGAAAGAUCGUUUCUUGCCAACCUAUUAUGAACAAACUCUAUACAAUCAAUAUCAAAGGCUCAAUAACUGUUGCUGAAUAUACAGAAGUCUUCCACCGAUUGGGGGCGAGAACAAACCUAUCGGAAAGUGAACAACAUUUGAUAGCUAGAUUUGUUGGUUACGUGCGGACAUCAAGGAAAAGGUAAAGAUUUAGCAUCUAGGUUUCCUCACGGACGUGAUCUCUUUAGCUUAAACAAUUAUGGAAUUGAAUGCCUCUCAAUCAAGAAGGACCAAUAGAAGAAAUCAAUGGGAAUCAUCGUCAAGUAAUGCUAGAAAAGGAGGCACACCAGUGGCUAAAACUCAUACCAAUAAUAUGCAAGACCACAUACCAUGGUUGAAAAAGGAUGAGACAGUAGUCAACAAAGAUUGGACAACUAAUGAAGCAACUAAAAACAGCCUAAUCAAUAUGGCAGACCCACGCUUGGAAAAUGUUUUAGAUGUGGGAAGUCUGGUCACCUAUCUAACAAUUUCCCUGAGCGCAAAACAAUGGCCAUUCUAGAUGACGAAGAUUGCCAAGAACAAACAACCAAAGUUGAAGAAGAUGGGCAAACAGACGUUUUAGAGUCAGAUGAAGGGGACAGAGUAAGUUGUGUUCUUCAACGCAUUCUACUCGCACCAAAGUCAGAAACUCACAACCAACAACAUUCUUUAUUCAAGACUAAAUGUACGGUGAAGGGGAAAAUAUGCAAUAUCAUCAUAGAUAGUGGAAGCACUGAAAACGUGGUAUCUAUGAAGCUCGUCCAAGCACUGAAUCUAAAGAUGGAACCACAUCCAAAUCCAUAUAAAGUUAGCUAGAUCAAGAAAGGAGGCGAGGCUCGGGUAUCUCACACCUGUACAGUUGAAUUUUCUAUUGGCAAUAGCUAUAAGGAUUAAAUUGUGUGCAUGUUUUGGACAUGGAUGUCUGUCACAUUCUUCUCGGCAGACCUUGGCAAUAUGACUUACAAGCCACCCACAAAGGGCCUGAAAAUGUAUCUGAGUUCUCUUGGCAUGGGAGGAAAAUUGUAAAUCCUUCCAUUCUUGGCAUCAAAUUCAACAAUUGAAUCCAAAGAUCUGAAAGGACAGCUAUUUUGCAUCUCAAUGGGAAGCAAUUUUUAAAACAGAAGGAGGACAUCAUAUGGGGAUUAUUAGCUACGGAAGAGAAAACAAUAUUACUACAGAGGAACUUCUUGCGCAAGUACAAAAGCUGUUUUUAGAAUUCCCAAAUAUUAGAACCCCCAUCUACACUACCACCCCUACGUGAUAUUCAACCCAAAUUGAUUUCAUUCCAGGAGCUUCCCUACCACAUCUCCCUCACUAUAAAAUGAGUUUUGCUGAAUAUAAAAUCUUAUAUGAACAAAUACAAGACCUAUUAAAUAAGGGAUUCAUCCAACUGAGCAUCAGCCCAUGUGCGGUGCCUGCUCUCCUCACCCCAAAAAAAGAUGGUAGUUGGCGAAUGUGCGUUGGCAUUAGAGCCAUCAACAAGAUUACUAUCAAUAUAGGUUCCCAAUUCCUUGGAUCGGGGAUUUACUUGAUCAACUUGGCGGUGCCACCACCUUUUCUAAGUUAGAUCUACAAAGUGGAUAUCAUCAAAUCCGUAUUAAACUAGGUGAUGAAUGGAAGGCAACUUUCAAGACAAACGAGGGGUUAUUUGAAUGGCUUGUCAUGCCAUUUGGUUUUUCCAAUGCUCCAAGUACAUUUAUGCGCCUCAUGAACCAGGGGUGACCCAAAAUGCUGGUAUAGUGUACCUGGUAGUGAAGCUACUGCUUUUGAGAAGGUUAUGCGGAAUAGCCUUCCUGAUCUUUUUGAUACACAACCUGAUUUGCUUUUUCAACUCGUCACCAUGCUGAAUCCAUCCGUCUUACAAGAAAAUGGCGUUCCCGUUUAUACUGUACAACAAGAGCCCGGAAAUUUUGUUGUGACCUUCCCUAGAUCUUUCCAUGGCGGUUUUAAUCUUGGAUUAAAUUGUGCUGAGGCCGUAAAUUUUGCUCCCGCUGACUGGAUGCCUUAUGGUGGGUUUGGAGAAGAAUUGUAUCAGCUUUAUCACAAACCUGCUGUUUUUUCUCACGAGGAGCUUAUCUGUGUGAUAGCAAAGAUGGACUGCAGUAACCGAGUUUCUCCUUACCUGAAGAAAGAGUUACUUAGGAUUUAUUCUAAGGAGAAAAGUUGGAGAGAACAACUUUGGAAAAAUGGUGUAAUCAGAUCUUCUCCGUUGCCUCCUCGAAAGUGUCCGGAAUAUAUUAGUACCGAGGAGGAUCCAACAUGCGUUAUAUGUAAGAAGUACCUUUAUCUUUCAGCUAUAGGUUGCCGUUGUAGGAGAUCUGCUUUUGUAUGUUUGGAGCACUGGCAACACCUUUGUGAAUGCAAGUACAGCAGGCGGCACCUUCUGUAUCGUUAUACACUUGCUGAACUACAUGAUUUGAUUGGUAUAAUUGAUAGAUGUGGUUCUGGGAAUACAACUGAAAGAAAGGAUUUGCGACAAGCUGGCUUAUGCUACACUGAACGAUGUACUUUGACAAAAAAGGUGAAAGGUGGUCGUGUCACGCUGUCUCAACUUGCAGAAAAAUGGUUACUGCAUUCAAGUAAGGUUCUUCAAGAUCCAUUCUCAAAUGAGGCAUGUGUUAAGGCUUUGAGAGAAGCCGAGCAAUUUCUUUGGGCUGGUCAUGACAUGGAUCACGUCCGUGAUGUUGUAAGAAACUUGGAUGAAACUCAAAAGUGGCUUCAAGGCAUUGGAGAUUCCCUUUCUAAAAUUGAAGCAUGGUCAUGUGAUCAUUAUGGACGUUUAGAGAAAAUUUGCUUGGAUCAUGUAAACAAUUUGUUGAGUCUGCCCCCAAUAUCAUGUAACCAUCCUGGGUAUCUUAAGUUGAAGGAUUAUAGUGAAGAAGCAAAGAUUUUGAUACAAGAUAUUGAUAAUGCCUUAUCAACAUGCCCUGAUGUUUCUGAAUGGGAAAUUUUGUACUCAAGAGUGUGUGCCUUUCCAAUCCAUAUAGAAGAAAGUGAGAAGUUAUCAGAAAACAUAUCAAUAGCGAAGUCUUGCAUAGAAAGCGUCAGAGAAAUUUUGGAGAAACAGCCUGCUGCUUUUGAGCUUGAGAUUCUUUACAAGUUGAAGUCUAAGAUCUUGGAACUCGGAAUCCAGCUUCCAGAGACAGAAAUGGUGCUGGAUUUAACAAGGCAGGCUGAACGACAUCGUUCUAGAUGUUCAGAAAUUAUGAAUGGUCCCAUGAACUUGAAGACUGUCGAACUAUUCCUUCAAGAAUCUAACGAUUUUGCUGUUAAUAUACCUGAACUGAAGCUUAUAAGACAGUAUCAUGAUGAUGUUGUUACAUGGAAGGCUCGUCUUAAUGCUGUUAUGAUUAAUGUUCAUGAACGGGAGGAUCAACAGAAUGUAAUAGAAGAAUUAAAUUGCAUUCUAAGAGAUGGAUUAUCAUUGAAAAUUAAAGUUGAUGAUGUACCUAUAGUUGAGGUUGAGUUGAAGAAGGCUUCUGUCAGGGAAAAAGCUCAAAAGUUACGCAAUACAAAGGUUACUAUGGAAUUCAUGCAGAAAUUGAUGGAGGAGGCUGUAGAAUUAGAAAUUGAUAAGGAAAAAUUGUUUGCUGAUAUUCAUGGAGUUCUCGGCUCAGCAAUGAGUUGGGAGAAGAGAGCUAUGGAUUUUCUAGCACAUGGGGCCCAGUUAUCUGAUUUUGAAGAGAUUAUAAGGACUUCUGAAGAUUUAUGCGUUAUUCUACCUUCUCUUCAUGGUGUCAAGAAUGAAGUAUCAUCGGCCAUGUCCUGGCUAAAUAUUUCAAAACCUUUCUUAGAGUCUGUUCUCCCUACGUCAUCUGCACCAAGAUCGCAGCUGAAAAUUGAAACAUUAAAGGAGUUGGUUUCUCAGUCAAAACUCCAUAAGGUCACUUUGGAAGAAAGCAGAGUGCUUGCUGAGGUUCUGAGAAAAUGCGAGAAUUGGAAAGAUGAAGCGAACUCUUUAUUGCAAGAUAUUGAUAAUCUUUUGAAUGCAGAUGAUAUAGGGGAUGCGCUGAGCAAUUGUCUUAUUCCUAAGAUUGAACAAUUAGUUGAUAGAAUCAAUACCAUUAUUACAGCCGGUAUAUCUCUUGGUUAUGACUUCCGUGAGAUUUCCAGACUUCAAAGUGCUAGUUCUACACUCAUGUGGUGCAAUAAAGUUCUUUCUCUUUGCCAUGGUAUUCCUUCUUAUCAGGAUGUUGAGAGCUUGAUGAGGGUUGAAGAGGAUGAUUCUUGUUUAUAUGCCUCUGGUGUUAUGUGGAGCUUAUUGGUGGAAGGUGUCAAAUGGCUGAAACAAGCCUUAGAGGUGAUUCCUGGAACGUGCAAUUCUAAACAAAGAAAGUUGAGCGAUGCUGAGGAAUUAGUUUCCAACUCUAUGAGUAUCAGAAUCAACUUCUCAGCCAUGAAUGGUCAACUUGUAAAUGCUAUUCAGAAGCACAAGCUGUGGCAGGAAGAAGUACGGCAAUUUUUCCUAAUGAAGCAUGCUGAACGAUCGUGGACUCUGUUAUUAAAGCUUAAGGAAGAAGGAGACAUUGUUGCCUUCGAUUGUUCAGAGCUACAUUUAAUUUUUUCCGAAGCUGAAAGGAUUGAAAAGUGGGAGAAACAAAUGGGGGAAAUCAUGAAGACAUCUUUUGGGGAUGGAUGUUCUCUGCUUGGUUCUCUACGAGAGAUAAAGAAAUCACUGGAUAGAUCCCUAUACAUAUAUGAGAAGUCAUUGCCCUACACUGAUCAGAACUUAUGCUUGUGUUGCUCUAGCGAUUCACAGGAUCAACAUCUUUUUACUUGCUCAGUAUGUAACGAAAGCUACCAUUUGCAGUGCCUGGGGCAAGCAAGAGAAAAAGCAAGCAAUACAGAUAUCUUUAUAUGCCCUUAUUGCUAUAGCUCAAAUGGUGUAUUAUCAAUUGAUAAAAGUGGUGGUCCCUUGAGAUUUUUAGCAAAUCGUCCUGAACUAGAAAUGCUCACUAAGCUCAAAUCUGAUGCCGUGAACUUCUGUGUCUGGAUGGAAGAGGAAGAUGUAUUAAAGCAACUGAUAGAGCAGGCUUUAGUAUGCAAAUCUCACUUGUCAGAAGUCUUGGACUUUGUGUCACAUUGUCAUGACAACAAUUUUAGUAUUGCCUGCAAGAGGUUAACUGUAGCGUUAAAGGCUAUGGACGUUGCAGGCAUUAACGAUCAUGAAGGUAAGUCUGGUCUUGAGAUGGAACUAUUGAGGAACUCGUGGAGAUUCAGAGUCAAGGAAGCUCUUGAAGGUUCUGAAAAACCGACAAUGCAACGAGUCCUGGAACUUCUCGAAGAGGGAUCUGCAAUAAGCAUUCUGCCUGAAGAUUGCUACAGACAGAAACUUUUGGACGUGAAGACUGUUUGCUCAAAGUGGAGAAGUCUUGCAAGGAAGAUUUCAGCUGACUGUGGGGCUCUUGAAUUAGAAAAAGUUUUUGAAUUGAUUGUAGAGGGUGAAAACUUACCUGCAUACCUCGAGAGGGAGCUCAAGUUAUUAAGAAAUCGAAGUAUGCUUUAUUGCAUUUGCCGCAAGCCUAAUGAUCGCAGACCAAUGCUUGCUUGUGAUAUUUGUGAAGAGUGGUAUCACUUCGAUUGUGUCAAGAUAAAAUCUACUCCCAAGAUAUAUAUUUGUCCUGCUUGCAAACCGCAAGUGGACAAUAAAAUGUUGAUUCAGCUAUCAACGGAAUAUGAAAGUUCAACUGCAAAAUUUGUGGAGCCAAAGACCCCUUCUCCUCAACACACAAAACAGAGAUCAAAACCGAAGAAAACAAAGCGAAAUUUAGUUCGAAGUGUGACGGAUUGUUAUAGAGAAUUCAGGUGCUCAAGUGGAAUGGAACGUUUAUGGUGGCAAAACAGGAAGCCUUUCAGGAGAGUAACCAGAAGGAGAGCAGAGUUUGGAAGUCUUUCUCCAUUUUUCCUCAUUGAACAAUAAUUAAGAAUAUGUGGAGGUAGGUAGUUUAACCGAAAGUCAUUUAAUUGAUUCAAUUGUUCAUAUGAUCAAUUUACCUUUCAGCUCAAUAAUAUGAAAGGGAAAAUUUUUAAUAUGUUAUUUCAGUCAUUUUUUCAUUUCAGCUCCAGUCCCAGAUGAUGGGAUAUAUGGUUAUGGUUAGUUAAAAUAGUUUAGACAUGUAUCAAAUUAAUGAGUAAUAAUUUGUAUAUAUUUGUUAAAUUUUUCAUCA